UGAGAUUUCGAAUCAGCACUAUCUCUGGACAAGAACUUCACUUUUGGAGCAAAAAUGGCUUUCAAAUGCAAUUUAGAAUUCCGGGUUUGUCAUUUUUAGUAACUUGAUUUGGAAAUUGGUGUGUUUGGUUGUGGAGGGAUACGGCAAAUGGAUCAUUUCGUUCUAGCUACAGUUGGAAUUGGACCGCCAAUCAAAAGAAGAGCUGGUUUGCGGAGGAAACAAGCUGGAAGGGGCUCUUACAGAGGGAGUUAGAGGCUGAUUACUCUGAUUUCCUAUUUUCGUUUGAGAACAAACUUAACUUUACUAACUGGGGAUAAAGGUUUUGAAUGCAUGAGUUCAGAUAAGGAGAUCAUGGGUUUAACUCAAUUGCAGCAAAUUCUUAGAAUCCUCUGUUAUAAUACAGAGUGGAAUUAUGCUGUGUUUUGGAAGCUUAACUGUAAACCUAAAAUGCUGCUAACUUGGGAAGAUGCUUUCUUUGCUAACCAUGAACCACUUGAUCCUGCAAGGAAUUUAUCUGUUGAUUCUACCUUUGAGAACGAAGAUAACAAUUACUUGCAGAACCCACUGGGAUUAGCCAUGGCAAAGAUGUCACCUCUUGUAUAUUCCUUGGGCGAAGGGAUUAUUGGUCAGGUGGCACUGACAGGAGAUCACCAGUGGAUUUUAACAGACAAGCCAACACCUACUACUUGGCUACCAUUGGAGUGUUCUGAUGGGUGGCACGCUCAAUUUUCAGCGGGUAUUAGGACUGCAGUUGUUGUAUCUGUUUUUCCACUUGGAGUCGUACAACUCGGAUCCCUGAACAAUGUCAUUGAAGAUGUUAAUCUAGUGAUCCUGGUCAAGAACCUACUCUAUUCACUUCAAAACCUCAUGGGGUGUUUUCCUAGUCAAGGAGAAUGCUUUGCAAGUAGUAACUUAUUUCUGGGAAAGAAAGAUGGUGUGAUGGCCGAGUGCAUAGGAGAAUCACUGAUGCCAAGUAAGGAUGAAAGCGCAGAGUCACGUCAACCACAAUCUGUGUGCAUUGGUCUGGAGCAUCUGAAACCAUCAAAAACAAAUCUGUAUCGACAAAAAGAAUUCAUAGACGGGAUAAAGAAUAAUGAGCUACAAAAAGAUUCUAAACGGAAACCGGAUAUGCAUACCAAUUCAAGUUAUACUGGUGGAUCGAGUAUUUCCUUCAACUUUCCUGAUGGUUCUGAGCUGCAUGAAGCCCUUGGAUCGAGUUAUAUGAAAGAUAAUGGUGGUCGUCCAUGGAAUGAGCCGAAAAGAACAGAAAAUGGAACAAUUCCAGGUUCCCAAAAAGAGGUGGUCAAUAGCUGGCUUGAAGCAGAUUCCGAGUCAAGUGAUCUUUUAGAAGCCAUAGUGGGUAAUGCUGGACCUAAAUCUAAUGAUGUUAACGGUGAUGAAUCAUUCUGCAAACUGGAUCAUUCGGUUGUUACAGUUGAAAACCCCAUCAAAACUCAUUGUUAUUUUAGGAAAUUCAGUAGUUCAGCAGGUGAACCAGUUUUUCCAUUUUCUCGCCUUGAAGAUGACACAAAUGAUUGCCUGAAUUCAAUUUCAAGCAAAGCGUGUGAGUCAUCAUUAAAGAGCACACGUACUGAAUAACUGGAGAUGCAGGUGCAACCAGAUAAGAUCAACAAAAAAAGAGCCAGGUCUGACAGUUACAGACCUCGGCCGAGGGACAGACAGGUGAUCCAAGAUCGUGUUAAGGAGCUGCGACAUCUUGUGCCCAAUGGGUCAAAGUGCAGUAUCGAUACAUUACUGGCACGUACAAUCAAGCAUACGUUGUAUCUAGAAAGUGUUACUGAGCAUGCAGAGAAGUUAAAGAGAUGUGACGGUACAAAGUUGCAUGCUAAUGGGAUGGGCAUACUGGGAUCCUUCGAUUGUCCACAUGGUGCAAGCUGGGCGUUACAGGCGGAAAGUCGGGAAGAAGUUUGUCCAAUAACACUAAAAAGUUUUGAUGCAAGCGGGAAGAUGCUUGUAGAGGUCUGUGCUCCUCAAUUAUGAAAAACAUCUCCAUGGUAUCCUUCUCAGCUUUCUCUAAAUAGAGAUUAUUCCGCUUCAAUUGUGUAGAUGUUGUGCGAAGAUUGUAGCCAUUUUCUUGAUGUUGCAAGGGCCAUUAGAGAUUUGGGUCUGACCAUUUUAAAAGCUGCAAUUGAAGACCAUGGAAAGAAGACAAGGGGACGCUUUCUUGUUGAGGGGGGGAAUGGCAGAUGCUUUCA